AUGAUAGCAAGAGAACUGCACAUAGUGAGAAAUUGCAGAGGUGAGGGAGGAUGACGUUCUCGUAUUAAGUUGAAAUAUCCAACUGCGUUUUUUGAACACAUCAUUCCUUUCUUCUCUUUUGACCCAAAUGGUAGCUGGGAAAGCAACAUGGAAAUAUUUACACCCUAUGGUUUGGACAUCGACCCAUUGUAGUACUGUCUGGAUUCCAAGCGGUGAAAGAAGCGCUCAUUGACCACUCUGAAGAAUUAGACGAGCGACCAGACUCCUUUACUUAGGACUCUGAUAAAAGGAAAUGGUAAGUAGUGAAGAAUAUGAAUUUCUACUGGUAUUUUCUGAAGAUGAAACAUUUAAAGGGCUGUCCAGAAAAACAGAACAAAGGUUCUCUAUUACUGCUGCACACUGUUGGGAUACUGCCAGGGAGAUAAAGUCCAUCAUGGCCCCAAGCCGUCUGCCGGACGAUCCAUCGACCUCCCGUAGGCACGCAGUAUCAUCAAUUAGCGACAUGAGUUUCUAGAAGAUUUCUUGCCACAUUCCAGAGCUCAUGCACACUCUAUCAGCAGAUAAUGCACAGCCAAAAGUUGCAAUCAGGAGAGCAUUAUUUACAAGUUUAUUCAGCGUUGAUCAGAACACAGAAAAACGUGACUGCCUGCUUUAGUGUCUGCGACACAGAGAGAAAACGAAAGCAACAGAAAACAUAAACAUCCUGUGAACAGGAAAUACGCAGACUCUGACUCACAAAGCCUGCUCCCUUUUAAGGUGGAACGGAAAUAUCCUAACAUCCUCCCCCUUUCCGUGUAACCUGUAGUACCUGUGGUUCAACCCAAUUGCAACCUUUGUACAUAAACCUUAAGUUGUUCUCUGUUAACAACCUUAGACAACAGAUCAGCAGGAAUUUCAUUUCCUGGCAUGUAGGACACCUGAAUGAGUCCUUUCUGAAUACACUCCCUUGCACGAUGUAGCUUAAUCUGCAAGUACUUGGUCCUUUGCUUGCAACUCUCCGAGUUCAGCAAAGCCAAACACGAUCUAUUGUCUUGAUACACUUGUACAGGACAUUUCACAGAAACCCCGAUGUCCUUAAACAGUUGCAUCAACCAUUCACAAUCCAUGAGUGAAAAUGACAGAGCAUUGAGUUCUGCUUCACAGGAACUUAGGCUCACUGUUGUCUGCUUUUUGCACAACCAGUCAAACAGGCAGUGGUUGUACAUGUAGCAUACUCCAGAAGUGCUUGUACCAUCCGUGGUGUCACUUCCAAAACUUGCAUCUGCAAAGAUUUCAAGACCUCCAGUCUUCUGACUGGUGAACCUCAGCCUGUAGUGCAUAGUCCCUUUCAAAUAGCGGGCUAUGCGCUUCAGAGCUUUCCAAUCCUGAACAGUAGGAUUGUUGGCAUGUCUGCUAAGCAGGUUACAGCUUACAGCAAUGUCAGGUCUUGAGCAUCUAGCAAUGAAAUUCAACUUGCCUAGAAUGCAUCUGUACAGCGUUGUGUCAGAAAACGCUUCAGCAGUACUGUCUACCUGGUAACCUGUCACCAUCGGUGUGUCUGCUGGGUUUGCAUCAACCAAAUUCAACCUGGUUGAAUCAGCAAUUUUCUGUGUUUGGUGUACCAGAAAAUUACCUGCUUGGUCCCUCUCCACCUGCAGAGAAAGAUAGUUGGAUACCUCACCAAGAUCCUUCAUGUCAAAGUGCUCCUUCAGUUGAGCUAGGGUGCUUUGGUACAAAGCCUGAUUCUUCCAAAACAUCAGAAGAUCAUCAACAAAACAUAAACAAUACAGUUUGUUUUGCCCCUCCUCCUUGACAAACACACAUGGAUCAGCUUUGCCCUGGUGAAAACCUAGAGAAAGCAAUGUCUCAGUGAGUUUUGUGUUCCAACACCUGGCACUCUGCUUGAGACCAUAUAAGGAUUUCCGCAGUUUACAGACCAUUCCCUUCUGUAUCUGCAUCCCGUCAGGUGGAAGCAUAAACAGCUCCUCCCCCAGAACCCCGUACAAAAAAGCUGUAUUAAUGUCAUGAUGGGAAACAUGCAGUUUCUCCUCCGCAGCAAUCUUGAGCAUCAGCCGAAUGCUCUCAUAUUUGACGGUGGGUGAGUAGGUCUCGUGGUAAUCCUGUCCUGGUACCUGUGAAAAACCUCUGGCAACCAAUCUGGCUUUGUGACUGACAACCUUGCCAUUCUGGUCUGUCUUGGCCUUGAAGACCCAUUUGCUGCCAACCAGUCUCAUCCCUGGGACUACCGGUACCAACUCCCAAGUUUGGUUCCUAUUCAAGGAAUCAACUUCAGCCUUCAUGGCAUUAAGCCAAGGCUCAGCAUCUUUAGAGGUUAACUCCUGAACCUCUUUGAAGCUUGAAGGUUCCCACACCUUCUCUGAGCUACUAAGAACAGCAGUUGCUGUCUUAGCAAACUCAUCAGCAAAUCUCUUUGGAGGUCUGCCCUUCGUGGCCCUCUCAGAUCUGCGUACUAGACGCAAGUCUUCUGGACUCAUCUCCUCCUUCUUAGGAGAAAAGUGACCAAUGGUGAACAGUGGUUCUUCCAGUUCAUUGUCAGACGCAUCAGAUGGUCUGACUGAGGCCUUUGCGCUCUUGUAGUCUGCUGUGUCAUCACUGUCACUGACAUCAGCAGCAGCGCCGCCCACUGAACUGGAAUCCGAACUCUGAUCAUCAUCGUCAUCAUCAUCCUCAGCAGCUUCCUCAGCUUUAGCUGCUUCUUUGACGUCGCCUUCAUCCUCCUCUGGGUACCUCUGGAAAAUUCCCACAUUUUUCCCCCACUUAGGAUUGUACUCAACACUCUUUGUGAAUUUAAUGGACUUAGAGUUGGUCAUCCACACCCUGUAUGCACCUUUUUCGUACCCCAUGAACAAACCAUGUGCCCCACGCUUCCCGAGCUUGUUGCUCUGUGGGGUGUGUACCCACAUGUCAGAACCAAAAAUUCUCAUGUGCUUGAUGUUGGGUUUCUUACCAAACAUCUUCUCAUAGGGAGUACAACCAAUAGGUGAUGACAACCUGCGAUUAAAAGUGUAAACAAACGAGUUCAAAGACUCCCCCCAAAACUUCUCAGGAGAGUGGCAUCAUGCAACAAUGUUUUCAGUCCUUGCAGCAACGUUUGCUUUGCUUGCUCACAAAUCUCCCAUGGAGAUCCAGGACUUGAGAGGCUAUGCUGGAUUCCCUUCUCAGUCAGGAAAGCUUCAAACUGCCGAGAAGUGAAUUCAGCCUCUCGAUUAGUAAACAGACAGCCAAUGCGUUUACCGUGAACAUUCUCCAACCAAGCACAGAAUGCCUUGAACUUAGGAAACGCUUGCGAUUUCUGCUCGAGCAUAAACACAUGAAUGUACCUGGAAAAAGAAUCAAUUAGAACCAUGAAGUACCUUGCUCCACCCAAAGAGGGCGCAAGUGGACCAACCAGGUCUGCGUGCACUAGCUGGUAGGGUUUGGAAGCCUGCCUGCUAGACUCCUUGCCUUUUGGAGCAACCUUCACCUUGUUCUCUGCACAAGAUACACAUUUCAUGUGAAACUUACAGGGUUUGAUGUUCAAACCCUCAACCAUCUCUGGCAUCUUGGCCAGCGCCUGCCAAGACAUGUGACAAAAUCUUCUGUGUGCAUCAUGAAUGCAUCCUGCAUGAAGAACUUUGUUAGUUUGUGCAACACAACAAGAAUCAGCAUUAGACACAACAGCACCAAUGUCAUCAUAAGUUAUACAGAACAAGCCAUCCAUAAACUUUGCAUGCAAAAUGUCCUCUUUGCCUUUUCUGAUGACACAGACGCUCCUCUUGAAGGAAAUCUCAAAACCACGCCCAGUAAGCUGUGGGACACUGAGCAAAUUGUCUGCAGCGCCUGGAACAUACAGUACAUCUUUGAUGGUCGUGUGCAGACUUGCCAGUUUCACAGUCCCUUCUCCUGCGAUUCGCAACGUUUUUCCGUCAGCCAGGUGGAUCUCACCUUCUUGAGGCUUGAAGGAGAUAAAGAGAUGGCGGUCUUUCGACACAUGGCGGGUACAGCCUGAAUCAACAACAAACCUGGCCUUGGCUUUUGGAGCAGCCUUUGCAGCAAGCAAAACCUUGUUUUCCAUCGGCGUGGGCUUUUGCAGCUUGCCCCCCUGCUCCUGGCCAUCAGACUUGCCUUUAGCCUUUGGUGAGGCUGUGCCAGCAAACAAAACCUUGUUUUCCUCUGGCGUGGGCUCUUCACCCUCCCUCUGCUUCCGGCCAUCUGCAGGCGUCUGCCUCUGUUUACCUUUGCCCUUCCGGCCUCUGCAAAGGCGAUGACCUUGGCUCCCACGAGAAACAGAGCCUUCAGCUGCCGACUCCUUGGCUCCCCCUGGAGGCUGGAAUGCUGCCUGGGAUGACUUGACAGUCAGCUCCCCCUGCAGCUUGCAACCGGUGCCCUCGGCAUCCCUGCAUUCACUCGCAUUCUGGGAAACAGCCAGGACCUCCGAUGCAGUCAAACUCUGGGCUGGGAUGACUGGCAAAUGGGCUAUCUUCAAAGCAUGCCACAUCUUUCGUGCAGUCAGAUUGCCAGCUAGCAUCUUUAUUUCCUCCAGAGAGACGGACAAGACGAUUACGUCUAUCGCCCUCAAAUUCUCGGCCUCCCAUCUAUCUGUCAGAGGAACUGGAGGGGCUUCAGACACAGUAUGCCACACUCCAAACUGACGCAGCAAGCUCUCACACCACACAGCCCAGGUCCCAUAAUUGUGCCGAUUUAACUUUGGGCACUCAGCAGCCUCAGAAGUCUGGAAAAACUCCAUUCCAGCUUUUUUCUUGAGCCUUGAGCCUUUAAAGACGUCUUAUCUUAGCAGCUCAUUAAUCACGAAGCCUUCUGGGCUCGACGCCCAGACCAAUUAGGCCUGCCGGACAUCAAAGCUCUUGCCGCGGCAAACAGAAAAGCCUCACUUUCGCUUUUCUUCCACAUACCUUUCAGCAGUCUGUCGCAGUCUUACUCUCCUGUAAGUGCCGUGAAUCUGGGCCCGAAACCUGUUGUUGGGAUACUGCCAGGGAGAUAAAGUCCAUCAUGGCCCCAAGCCGUCUGCCGGACGAUCCAUCGACCUCCCGUAGGCACGCAGUAUCAUCAAUUAGCGACAUGAGUUUCUAGAAGAUUUCUUGCCACAUUCCAGAGCUCAUGCACACUCUAUCAGCAGAUAAUGCACAGCCAAAAGUUGCAAUCAGGAGAGCAUUAUUUACAAGUUUAUUCAGCGUUGAUCAGAACACAGAAAAACGUGACUGCCUGCUUUAGUGUCUGCGACACAAGAGAGAAAACGAAAGCAACAGAAAACAUAAACAUCCUGUGAACAGGAAAUACGCAGACUCUGACUCACAAAGCCUGCUCCCUUUUAAGGUGGAACGGAAAUAUCCUAACAGGAAAUGCAUUACCUAGGAGCCAACACCUAGGGGCUGUUUACAUAGAUAAACCCAACUCCCUUCUUAGCUUUGCUAGGAAUAAUUGGUGAAUCAAAGCAUCUAUUUUGCUGAUAAAUGCUUGCUUACAAAAAGCUAAAUGUUAACACUGUACAGCAGGGCUUUCAGUAGACUCAUGAUAUGCUCUGGUGUGGUCUGCUGCUCUGGCUGAUAAACUGACCCACCAGGUUAGGGUGGCCAGAAGCAAGUUAAGUCUUUUAUCCUUCUACAACACCUGCCAUCCAUUUGUCUCCCAAAUGAGAAGUGAAAUUUGAUCGUGACGGCCUUCCAUGGAAAAAUCUAAACUUGUCGACAUCACACUGUAUCAGAUACCAGUUUUCUCUUCAAAAAUCAAAACGGUAGAGCUGUCGAGAAAUCUCACUUUUUGCUGAUACUGUAAAGUGAACAUGCCUGUGACGUCAUCCUGAGCAUCUGCGCAUGUGCGAGCGGCAAAACCCUGAAGUAACCUGUUCUGUUACUUCCGGGUCGCCGUGGGAGGCAACCUGAAAAGAUUUAACCUGAAGCGACUUUAGCCCGAGGUAUGAUUGUUGUUGUUUCUCACUGAUUUUCCAUAGGUAUUGCAUUAUCAAAUGGUCACACCUGGAGGCAACAGAGACGCUUUGUUGUAGUUACUCUGCGGAAGCUGUGGCAGGAAAAGAAAGGCAUGGAGCACCAAGUAGCAGAGGAGGCCCAUCAGCUCGUGGAGGCUUUUGCACGUUCAAAGGGUAUGUGAUGCUAAGUGAUGGUGCUGAGCUGGCAUAUGGAGAUAUAUUUGUGUCUAAGCAGCUCUUUCAUGCAAAGGCAUGAACUUCAGUAAACAUUGUUUGUUCUGAGAUGGCAACUUUUCACAUUGAUUUCUGUAAGUAAUAAUUUCUCCUUGAUUUUCCAUAGGUAUUGCAUUAUCAAAUGGUCACACUUGGAGACAACAGAGACGCUUUGGUGUAGUUACUAUGCACAAGCUGGGGCUGGGGAAGAAAUAGCACCAAAUAGCACUUGGAGACAACAGAGACGCUUUGGUGUAGUUACUAUGCACAAGCUGGGGCUGGGGAAGAAAUAGCACCAAAUAGCACGGGAGGCUCAUCAGCUCGUAGAGGCUUUUGCACGUUCAAAGGGUAUGUGAUGCUAGGUGAUGGUGCUGAGCUGGCGUAUGAAGAUAUAUUUGUGUACUACCUCUGUCCAUUUUAGAAAGGAAUGUGAUAUGCUUUUCUUGGUUCCUAAUGGAGAUUCCAGCAGUUUCUCUUGGCCACCAUGAAACCCCACUCUCAGUAUGAACUGGACCAGCUGAGCUAACAUUAGUAUAACUUUAUUUUGCAGGACAGCCACUUGACCCUUCCAUGCCCAUCGCUACCUCAGUCUCCAACAUGAUAAGUGCUGUGGCUUUUGGACACCGGUUUGCUUUUGAAGAUGAAAGGUUGCAGAAGCUGAUAGAAGCCAUAGAUUUUUCCCUACAAUUUGCAUGUAGCUUUGGUUAUGCUGUGAGUAGUCAUUUCCAUUCCUGCCAAACAGGUCUCCCAAGGGCUUUAAUACCACAAAUCAGUAUUCUGAUAGAGGGUUGGAGAAGUGAGAUCAGGUUUAAAUUGAUCUGAGAUAAGGGCCACUUACUAUCUCACAGCCUGAUCCAUUGCUCAAGAUUAUCAUUGAGAUAAAAAACACGCACAACCCCCCCCCAUAAAACAGCAACAAAAGAAGACUUUGUCCACCACAGGAGACUCUUUGGAGGGAAGAUGGGACAAAAAUGGAACAAUGACCUUCAGAAUAGGUCAUCGAGAGCCCACCAAAGGGGACAGAGGUGAACAAAAUAAUCUUCUCAAGAAGGGAAUUACAUCGUUUUGUUGCCAUCAUGGAAAACUAAAUGUGUCUACUCUAUACCCACCUAGCAGUGGCAAUCAUGAUGACAUCCAUGGUGAGACCCCUGCAGCCACCAGUUGGCUGGAAUUUUUUUUUAAUGAAAGAGAGACCAGCAACUCAAGCACUAUCGCUAUUGCUGAGGAAAGCAGCCCCCUUCUGUAUGAUCAACUAAACCCUUUCCUCAAAUUUAAGUUCAGUUCUCCACAUUUCUACAUCCAUUCCUAAUCUGUAAAAAAAAAAGACUCAUGAAACAUACUUGAAUUUCCCCCCAUACCUAUUCUCCAACCACCCCCACCUACCACAAAAGGGCACUAACUUGUUCCAGGAGAGGUCCUGAGAUUGUGCCUAGUUUUGAAAUUAUGCCAGGGAGCUGCAAAAAUAUUUUGAGCCAUAGUUUUCUUUCACAUUUUCAGCUAGCGAUAAUUCACAUAAUCCAAUCAUUGUGGGAUUCCAGAGAAGCUAUAGACACCUUCCUUCUUCUUAGUGAGACUCAAACUAAUAUGCUAGCCCUGAAGAAUAAUGCAGAUCAUGUUUUAUGAGUGCAAUUCCAAAGCACAAAUGGUUUGAACAAGAUUCCUCAUGGUAAUGGCAGCAUUUCUGCUAUUCUUCCUUUAGCUUUAUGAAAUGCUACCAUGGCUCAUGAAGCAUCUCCCAGGGCCCCACAAGAAGGCCCUGUCCUGCGUGGAGAUGGUGCGUUCAUUUGCAAAGGAGGAGAUAGAGAAGCAUAAGGAGAAUCAGUCUCUGCAUGAUCCACAGGAUCUCAUUGAUUUCUAUCUAUUUCAGAUGGAGAAAGUAAGUAUCUGCUUGAAACCGAAUGCUGCUCAUCCAAGGAAUCAUUAUAUUCCAUGUUAUGAGUGAACAGAGAGAGGAGCUGAGGGAAGUCUGGGGGGGGGCGGGGGGGAGGGCUGGUUUUCUUUUCGAGGAGGGGAAAAUAGGGGGGGGAAUGAGGAUGAUAUGUUUUUGAUUAAUUGUUAUGUUGAAAUCUUUAAUAAUAAUAAUAAUAAAAAUAUAAGUGAAUACUAAUCUCUUGCCAGGACACCAAUAUCUCUCUCUGCCCCCCCCCAUUCCCCCAUAGUCAUUUUAAUUGCUAAAGUGAGUUGACAUCCUUCCAUAGGCAUCUACUAAAAUAGCUAGGAAAGGAUAGAUAUUUUCAUGUACAAAUGUGAAUGCAAAUGAGUAUCUGCUUCAAAACUGUAGGCAGCGCAUUCAAGGAAUCAUUAUAUUCCCUGUUAUAUGUGAAUACUAAUCCCUUGCCUGGAAACCAGUACAGUGGUACCUUGGUUUUCAAACUUAAUCCGUUCCAGAAGUCUGUUCCAAAAUCAAAGUGUUCCAAAACUGAGGCAUGCUUUCCCAUAGAAAGUAAUGGAAAAUGAAUUAAUCCAUUCCGGACUUUUAUACACAACCUCUAAAACAGCAAUUUAACGUGAUUUUUUCUAUCUAAUGAGGCCAUUGAUCCAUAAAAUGAAAGCUGUAAUAACUGUACUGUACUAUAAAAUAAAUAAAACAGUAUUGUGGAUGAUAACAAUUAAAAUUAAAAUUCUUUCUUACCUGCGCUGAUGAUAGUCAUUGUUUGGAUGGUGGGUUUUUAUCCAUUUCCGUAGUCACACAAUCAAUCAAUCAAUCAAUCAAUCAAUCAUAAAAUGAAGAACAAGCUACAGUCACAAAAAUGAAAAAGCCACACAAACAAAAACGCAAAAAAAUAGCAAAAACAAAAGCACCAAAUAUAAGCUCCAAAUAUCACCUCAUGACACUUCAAUCGGAAAUGGAAGGCUUUGAUUACAAUGGGGAGGGGGCAGAAAUUAGCAGCGCAACAGUGAAAAUGGAAGCUCAGGAGCACAUUCAGAUUCCGAAGCAAAGUUCGUAAACCGAAACAUUGACUUCCAGGUUUGCAGCAUUCAAGUUCCAAGUUGUUCGGGAACUAAGCUGUUCGAAAACCGAGGUACCAGUGUAUCUUUUUUUCUGAAUCUCAGUUGAAAAUGGCAUUGAGUUCCCUCCAAAUAUUUCUCAUAGUCAAUUUAGUUGCUCAAGUGGGUUGACAUCCAUCCAUAAGCAAAUAUAGAAAUGUCUAGGAAAUGUGAGUGGAAAGGAGUGGAAACUUAAGUGUAUUAUGGGGUCUUCCUUUGGAGCAUUUUUUGGAUUGAUGUUUAUCUGACAUUCAAAUGUGGACUGAGAAAACAGAAAAUCCAAAACAAAAUAUUCUUAAACUAAACUGAGGAUGCCUCCAUGAAGUUUUAAAUUUAUUUUUCUGUCAAACGAGUGUGUUGGUAAUAGUAGCCUGUUGGUUUUUGGUGAGUUUACCAGAAGUCUGGUAGGGACUUCUGACAGGAGCUUUACAAGAUUGUUUUUGAUAGCGAAGCCUACCUCAUAUAUUUGACAUUCUUGUUCAGAUAGACCUUUCCAGAAGAAUGUGUAGCCUCCUUUUUCUUCCUUCAGUUGUCCCUUGCCUGCUCUUUGAGUCUCUUGAAGCACUGCAAUAUUGAUGUUAAAACAUCACAUCUCUCUUGCAAUGAUGGCAGUUCUGCGUUCAGGAUGCUCAUUAUCUGUGUUAUAUCUGUCCAUAUAUUCCAUGUUCCAAAGUUCAAUUGUCUUUUACCACCGCUGGGUGGUGACCCCACUGGGUGUGGUAAUCCAGUCAGGGAAAAAGAGAGGCAGACUAUGUUUAGGGCACCUUUUCUAGCCCCUCCCCCAUUUUGGAGUGAGCAGAGUAGAUCCUAAAAAGGGCUGCUCAGUCAUGGAUACAGCUGCCGAGCUGCUCAACUGCCUUGUUCCUUGAGUCAGAAUGACUGAAUCUGUAUCCACCGCCCAUGUGCUGUUUCAUGACUAAGGGCUUCCAGAUUUCACAAUCCUGCCCCUGUUACCAUAUGCUGAUCACCAUGGAACUUUGGGUGUUUGGGUUUGGGAUGGUUUUUUUUUAAUGAUAUUUAUUAAAGUUUCCAUAAAAGAUUAAACAUACAACAUAAAAAAGAAAUACACAAUUCAAAAAAUACACAAUACAUAAUCCAAAAAAGAAAAAAAAGAACAGAAAACAAAAGACAAAAAAGAAAAAAACAGUUAAAAACAAUAUCGCCUUUUCAUCUCCAUUUUUAAAUUAACUUAUUUUCUGGACCUCCUCAUACCUCCCUCUUUUGUAUUCCAGUUCAAAUUGUUUGUCCAGCAAUUUCUUUCCCUCUUUUUUAAUCCCAAUCUUUAGUCUUAAUAUAAUAUAACGUUAAAAUUUUACCUCUUAAAAACCAAAUUUCCAUUUCCUUAAACUUUUUUAAUCCUAAUCCUUAAUCUUAAUCUAUCUAUACUUUAAAUUCUGUACAGCUGGAAGCCACUUAUUUUCAAUCCAACAUCACUCUAACAUUCUUUAAUUUUGCAAUGUUUCUGCAGAUAGUCUUUGAAUUUCUUCCAAUCUUCCUCCACCGACCCUUCUCCCUGGUCACGGAUUCUACCAGUCAUUUCCGCCAGUUCCAUAUAGUCCAUCAGUUUCAUCUGCCAUUCCUCCAGUGUGGGAAGCUCUUGUGUCUUCCAAUACUUUGCAAUAAGUAUUCUUGCUGCUGUUGUUGCGUACAUAAAGAAAGUUCUAUCCUUUUUUAUCACCAUUUGGCCGACUAUGCCCAGGAGAAAGGCCUCUGGUUUAUUAGGGAACGUAUAUGUAAAUACCUUUUUAAUUGAUUAUAUAUCAUUUCCCAGAAAGCCUUAAUCUUUGGGCACGUCCACCAAAGGUGAAAAAAUGUACCUUCAGUUUCUUUACAUUUCCAACAUUUAUUAUCGGGCAAAUGAUAGAUUUUUGCAAGCUUGACUGGAGUUAUGUACCACCUGUAUAUCAUUUUCAUAAUAUUCUCUCUUAAGGCAUUACAUGCCGUAAAUUUCAUACCUGUGGUCCAUAACCGUUCCCAGUCAGCGAACAUAAUGUUAUGUCCAACGUCUUGUGCCCAUUUAAUCAUAGCAGAUUUCACCGUUUCAUCCUGAGUAUUCCAUUUCAACAGCAAGUUAUACAUUCUUGACAAAUUCUUAGUUUUGGGUUCUAACAGUUCAGUUUCUAAUUUUGAUUUUUCCAGCUGGAAGCCAAUUUUCUUGUCCAAUUUAAAUGCCUCCAUUAUCUGAAAAUAAUGAAGCCAGUCUCGCACUUUGUUUUUUAGUUUUUCAAAGCUCUGCAAUUUCAGUCUAUCUCCAUCUUGUUCCAAGAUUUCCCAAUAUUUCGGCCAUUUGACCUCCAUAUUGAGCUUUUUCAAGGCUUUCGCUUCCAUUGGUGACAGGGUUUGGGAUGGGUUUUUUGGAAAAUGCCUGUACGUGAAUUUGUUUUAUGUCUGUAGAUCAGUGCACACUGACCAAUGAACAGUCUUUGCAGUAAGGCUCUGUUCUGAUGGCAUAAGUUGUCAUGGCAACCGGUAAAUUCUUAUCUGCUGCAGCUUUCAUCCACCUUUACAGACGUUGUAACAUACCGCUUGUUAUCACCCACCUGUUCUGCCGUUGAUGACUUCUUGGGUCAUUCUUUGUCUAGCUCCUCCCCUUUGACCUUACUGCCUUGGGGGACCCUGCUGGGAGUACGAGAUUCCCAAUGGCUUCACUCACAAGGGUCAUAGGAAUGUGCAAGCCCACUCACCACAAAAAGGUGAUGAUCCAGCGAGUGAGGGCAGCAACAGUAAGGGGGGGGUGGCAGCAGCUUCCCAUUUCACCUUAGGCACUAUAAGAGGACACCCCACCUCUCAUGAAGCACGUGUGGCCACCCUGGUAUGGUAAUAAGUGGGGGAAGGAAGAUAAAGUGCUGAAGGACAGAAUGUAAUGCAUGUAAAUGACAUGUCACUUUCCCCAUUUUCAACACCAGAGCAGGAAUGACCCAGAGUCCACCUAUGAUGAAGAAAACUUGGCCCAGUGCAUUUUUGACCUCUUUAUAGGAGGGUCGGACACAACUAGGUGUUCUCUGAAAUGGGCACUUCUCCUCCUGGCAAGUCAUCCAGAUAUCCAAGGUGAGAGAGGAGAGCCAGGGCUUCUCUUGACCACUAGGGUGGAGCAUAGUUCUUUAAAGGUUUCAUAAGGAAGCCUACAAUAGUAGGGUUGGAAGGGACCCUAAGGGUCUUCUAAUACAACCCCCUGCAAUGCAGGAAUCAACACAUUCCCCCCUCCAGUUUGAUACCAUACCACAACCUGUUUUCUUUUGCAAAUCUGCUAGCAGUUUCUUUAUGCAGCAAAUGUACAAGAAUGCCCCUGCUGUGAGAUAAGUGACUGAGCCUCAUUCCUGCCUCUCCGUGCUCCAUUACAUGAGGGAUGCGGGUGGCACUGUGGUCUAAAGCACUGAGCCUCUAAGGAUUGCUGAUUAGAAGGUUGGCAGUUUGAAUCCAUAAGACAGGUGAGCUCCUGUUGUUCUGUCCCAGCUUCUGCCAACGUAGCAGUUCGAAAGCAUGCCAGUGUAAGUAAACAGGUAGUGCUGCGGUGGGAAGGUAAUCAGUAUUUCUGUGUGCUCUGGCACUCAUCAUGGUGUCCAGUUGUGCCAGAAGUGGUUUAGUCAUGCUGGCCACAUGACCCGGAAUGCUGUCUGUGGAUAAACACCAGCUCCCCAGGCCUGAAAGCGAGAUGGGCGAAGCACCCCAUAGUCUCCUUUGAUUGGACUUAACCGUCUAGGGGUCCUUUACCUUUACCUUUAUAUGAGUGAUGCUAACCAAAAAUCAGAUGAGGAAAUGAGUAUUAGUGAAACUAAGUAGGAAAUAUUGAGGGCUGGGGGUGGAGAAUGAAUAUAUGACAGCCUUUGAUCCCAGCCCUUCAGCAAAUCCAGCCAGCUCUGGUAACCAGAAACAACUGCGAUGAGCUUCACUUUCAGCCUUUUCACACCUGGGAUCUAGAGUGGGGAAGAAUCAUGUACACAGACGAGCUCUUUGGAGGACCAGGUAACCUAAAAAUGCAAGAAACUGGGACUCAUUCACAGAGAUUUAUGGAAUAUGUUCAAGGGAAUUAAAUGUCCAUCUGAAAUAAAAUGCAGUAUUCAUGAUAAAACUUCUGUUUCCAUCAUUCUCUUCAGAUAAAAUGCACAAAGAAAUAGAAGAUGUCAUAGGUUCUGCUCACUCAAUCUGCUAUCAAGACAAGAAGAAACUGCCCUACACUAAUGCUGUGAUUCAUGAAAUACAGUGCUUUAGACCUGCCAGUUUUUUUGGGUUCCCUAGGCAAUGUACAAAGGAUUUCAAGCUGCGUGGUUUUCUCAUUCCCAAGGUAUAACAGUGUGAUAUAGCUGCACUCCUGUAGCUCAAGAGCAAAGAGCAGCAGAAGGUUUCAUAUUGAGAGAUGCAGCCAGCCGUACAGGAACUUCCUGUCUAGUCAAAAAUCUGAAGGGCAAGAGCAGGAGCUCCAUCUGCAGACAUGUUUCACCAUCGGCAAGUGCCAUUCCAUGGGGCAAUUGUGGCAGGGGAGGAGCCUGAAGUAUCCAGAGGUCUCACCUGGGUUGUGAGCUUUCAUUUUAAAAGAGGUGGCGGAAAGCCCUUUUGUGUUCCUGCCUGUACAGAAAGUUUUUACAGUGAUGAAUACAAAGCCACCCACCAAAAUAAUAAUAAUAAUAAUAAUAAUAAUAACAGCAACAACAACAAUAAUAAUUCAGAUCAGUCUCUGCAAUGAUUAGUCUUGGGAUAGUGUGGGACAAUAAAAAAAAAGUAUUGAUGUGAAUGCAUUCCAAGUCACUUGUUUCUUGUUUGCAGGGGACUAUGAUUAUUCCCGAUCUGCGCUCUGUUCUUCCUGAUCCAACACGAUGGGAGACACCUGCAGAGUUCAACCCAAAUCAUUUUUUGGACAAGGAUGGACAAUUCGUGAACAGAGAAGAAUAUCUCCCAUUUGGUGCAGGUAAAUUCAGAAGACCAAGCUAUGUUGUGAUCUGUAGAUGUGCUUACUGGUCUGCUUCCAGGAAAUGACAUCAGCAGCAGCACAGGAGGGAGUGGGCCAGAGCAGAAGGAGCACCUUUCUGGCUGGAGUGGCACUGCUGGUCAGCAGAAUGGGGCAAAGCACUGGCAAGUUAAGGGGAUCUCUAGGUUGGUGGCUUGGGACCCACACAUGCACAUACACCUAUGUGGUCUCCAUCUGCACCUCCCUACAUUUGCCACCCCUGCCCUGUCCCUGAGAGAGGCAGCACUGCCAGCACCAGGAUACUGCUGUUCCCUGUCACACAUCACCACUGCAAGCCACCCAACUUCUCUUCAGGCAGCAAUGCUAGUUCCUACCAAGGUGAAGUAAACCUGGCAGGAGAGUUUGCUCCAUGGUCUUAACCACUUUCUGCAUUGCUGAUUUGGGCAGUUGACCAAAGUUUUCCUUUCAUUUUUUAAAAUCAAGUUUUAUUAAAAAGCUUUAUACGUAAGACACAAUAAAAAUCAUACUAAUCUAAAAGGGAAAAUAGAAAAAAGAUUAGGAAAGAAAAAAUAGAAAAGAAUAAAGGAAAUUACAGAGUCCUCUAUCAAAAUUAAAUCUUCACCCUUAUUCUGCACACAGAAAAGUGAGCCCUCCCAGUUCUCACUGGGAGCUAGACCCUCUUACACUGGCUUCUAGCCCUGGAAGAUGCUCUCUGCCCUGCCCCUCCCACAGGACACUUCAUCUUCAAUUCAUCCUCUUCCUGAAUGUAUCUUCCUUGAUAUGAGAUAGGGAACUUCAAAUUACAGAAUAAAAUAUAAGUAUAACAAGAAGAAAGGAAGGUUAGCACUGACCAGGCUAGAAAACUGACAGCAGCCUUGAUGUUUUCCCUAUCCUAACUAUGUCUAUUUUGCCAAAGUGUUAUGCAGAAUGCUUAUAGCUACAAAGCAAUGAACAUGGGAAAGUAAAUUAUUGCUCACUUGCUGCCUUCUUCUUGUCUCCUCCUCAGGGGCUCGCAUUUGUUUGGGAAUGCAGAUGGCAAAGAUCAAAAUAUUCGUCUUCCUGACCAGCCUGCUGAGGGCAUUCAGUUUUCAGCUGCCAGAAGGAGUCAAAGAGCUCAAUCAAGAGGCUAUACUAGGGAUUAUAGCACAUCCCCAUCCGUAUAAACUCUGUGCAGUUCCCCGCUGCAACACAUUAAAAAUUAGGAAAAUAUUAGGGGCUGCACCCCUGCUUCCUGCACUCGGUGACCCCUUGGCCACUCCUGACACAUGA